UCAGGUCGGGGGAGGAGGGCGAUGACAGCGGCCUCAGAUGGCUCUGCGCCUUAGUCCGCGGGCGCCUCUUGAGCAUGUGCAGAGCACAAGUUGACCCCGAGUUCUGGCUGGAGGGGCCCGAGGAAACCCCCCAAGCUGCUUUCCUUGCGUCCCUGGAGUCUGGCCUGGAAUGGCAGAAGAUCAGGAGCUGGCAAAGCCAGCCAGGACGUUCCCAGAGCCCUGGGCCAAGGGGGGCUCUGGCAACACCUACCGAAGUGCGCAACACUCCCAGGCUUUACUGAAUGGCUUGGUGGCUCUCCGGGACAGCGGCAUCCUCUUUGAUGUUAUCCUGCGUGUGGAGGGGAAGCCGAUUGAGGCUCAUCGGAUCCUCCUGGCGGCAUCAUGCGAUUACUUCAGGGGGAUGUUUGCUGGCGGACUAAGAGAAAUGGAACAGGAAGAGGUCCACAUUCAGGGUGUGUCUUAUAACGCCAUGUGUCAAAUCCUGAACUUCAUAUAUACUUCGGAACUGGAGCUUGGCCUCAGCAAUGUGCAGGAAAUACUGACUGCCGCCUGCCAGCUUCAGAUCCCAGAGGUUAUCAAGUUCUGCUGUGACUUCCUCAUGUCCUGGGUGGACGAGGAGAACGUCUUGGAUGUGUACAAGCUGGCUGACCUUUUCCACCUGAGCCACCUGAGCGAGCAGCUGGACUCCUAUGUUCUGAAAAACUUUGUCACUCUCUCCAGGACAGAAAUGUACCGCCAGUUCCCCCUGGAAAAGGCCUACGCCCUCCUCAGCAGCAACACCUUGGAGGUCAGCUCUGAGAAUGAGGUUUACGAGGGGGCCCUGCUCUACCAUUACACUCCAGAGCAAGUGGAAACGGAUCAGGUCUCCUUGAUGGAGCCCCCAAAGCUGCUGGAGACGGUCCGCUUCCCCUUGAUGGACUUUCCUGUCCUGCAGAGGCUUCACGACAAGCUCAGCCCGUGCCCUUUGAAGGAGACAGUGGCGAGUGCUCUGAUGUACCACAAGAACGAGUGCCUGCAACCCAUGAUGCAGAGCCCCCACACUCAGCUGAGGUCCGAGUUUUGCUGUGUGGUGGGCUUUGGGGGGAUCCACUCCACCCCUUCCACUGUCGUCAGCGACCAGGCCAGGUAUCUGAACCCACUGCUGGGAGAGUGGAGGCACUUCACAGCAGCCUUGUCCCCCAGGAUGUCUAACCAGGGAAUUGCAGUCCUCAACAACUUUGUCUACUUGGUUGGAGGAGAUAACAACAUCCAUGGUUUUCGAGCAGAAAACAGGUGUUGGAGGUACGACCCACGCCACAACCGGUGGUUCCAGAUCCAGUCUCUCCAGCGAGAGCAUGCGGACCUCUGCGUCUGUGUGGUGGGAGAGUACAUCUACGCCGUGGGAGGACGGGAUUACCACGAAGAACUGCGGGAAGUGGAAAGAUACGACCCCAAAACCAACACCUGGGAAUACGUGGCCCCUCUCAGGAAGGAGGUUUACGCACACGCUGGAGCUGAGUUGGACGGACGGAUGUACAUCACUUGUGGGAGGCGAGGCGAGGACUACCUGAAGGAACUCCAUUGCUAUGACCCUGUAGACAAUCGCUGGGACAGCCUGGCCGACGGCCCUGUCCGGAGGGCCUGGCAUGGGAUGGCAGCGCUGCUGGGCAGGCUGUACGUGAUUGGAGGGAGUAACAACGACUCUGGCUACAGGCGGGACGUUCACCAGGUGGCCUGCUAUUCCCCCAGCACUGCUCAGUGGACCACUGUGUGCCCUUUGCCUGCAGGGCACGGCGAACCCGGCAUUGCCGUCCUGGAUCACAUGAUCUACGUUUUAGGGGGCAGAUCCCACAACCGGGGGAUUCGCAUGCAUUACGUCCACGUUUAUGAUGCUGACAGAGACUGCUGGGAGAGAGGCCCUCGGUUAGAGGACAACAUCUCUGGGAUGGCCGCCUGCGUCCUCACCCUGCCCAGGGCCAUUAUCAUGAAUGCAGAGAGGUGGACCCCUGAACGGCAUCAAAACAGGCUCCAGAACCACCCAGACAUUUCUUCAGAGGUCAUGAGCAUGUUAGAUUGGGAGGAAUUUGACCAUCUGAGUGACAACUGAGCAGCAGUUGAGGUUCCAGCUGAGGCAAGGGAAUGUCACGCAAGCCUCUUUGCUUUCUGCUUCUUCUUCCCCGCAGCUGAGGUGGGUGGUGUGGUUCUCCUGAUUUUGGAGGAGGGCCACACUAUAGCUCCUUAGCCCCACUGACGGUGUGGGAGGAGGCAAUCUGGUCCCCUCAGCAGGCCUUGUUAGCCUGCUGCCAACGAGGCCGGAAGCCAGCCAUCGCAAAAGGGAGGCCUGGAUUUCUGGCUGGUGUCGCUCCUAUGUGCAGCAUGGGCACUUUGCUUUGGAGGGAGGCUGGGUCCUAUGGUGUGCCCCCCGCAACUGAACCACUGGAAGGCUUUUAGGAACAACUGGGUGGAUCUUUGGUAGCAGCCAAUCCAUGUUUUUAAUAUGUGGUGACUUUCUGUGUUCUAAGACAGUGUUACUAGAUGUCCCCGUUUCCCGGGGACAGUCCCCAGAUUUGCAAAUUUGCCCUGGACAAAUUCCAUCCCCAGAAUUUCCCUGGAUUUCAUCUAAUGUCCCUGGGAAACUUGGCAGCAGCAGCAGCGGCAGUCUCAGCAGCUCAGAGCCAGCCUGGUAGCGCAGUUGGCUCUGGCUGGCUUCAGAAGCUGCCCGCUGCCGUGGCGCCCGCCAUUUUGCCUCGCUGGAAGUCUCCAUAUGAUGUGUUGCGCACAUCUGUUUCUUGUUGUUUUCACCUCCUCCCCAAAAGGAGGGGCCUCUGGUGUCCUGGGCAGCAGCUAAGCAUGUUUGGCCUGCAUACAGGCUUCUGCUACACUGCAAAAUGUCCCUGCCAGCUGUGCCUCCUCUGGCAUGGCCCAGAAAGUAGAAACUUCCACCACCUCUGUAGCACCUCUGGAUUUCAGGCAAGGAAGUUUGAGCCAAUUGCCCUUCUUGGAGUGCAGGUAAUGUGAAGAGCCAUUUCCCUGUAGAAUGUCCCCCCCCCCAAUUCGCUCCCUGUACCUACCCAGGCGUGCCUGUCUGGGGUUCAGGCAUCAAGCUGGAGUGCCUGUCCACAAGUGGAUUAUCGUUUUCGCUUUGCCCCUGGCAAAUUCUCUGUCGCCAAACAUAGAGCAGAUCAGGGAUGACAAUACAAAAAACUCAGGGGCAGAAGACAAUGAAAUGAAACCAGCCAUAGAAGCACAUGGGCUCUGAGGCAGGCAUGCCAACAUAGCUGGUGGAUGGGUUGAAAGCUGUCUUUGGGCAGGAUGUUUUGCAACAGCUUAAAAAUAGCUGUGACUGAACUGAAUGACGUUCCCUGCCCAGGAGUCAUGUAAAAAUUAUUAGCUGUUUUGUGUGUGUGUAUAUAUAUGUAUUUACUGUAUGUAUGUAUGUAUGUAUGUAUGUAUGUAUGUAUACAUAUAAAACCCAGACGUUCCCAAUAACAUUGUCAUGUUUAAUUGCUUGGCUGUUUUCCUGCUGUUUACUGCACAGUUUCCCCAGAGGAUACAGCUUCUGUUGGGCAGAACGUUUAUAGCUAACUGACUUGUUUUCCAUUCAGGAGCAGCCUGGCAGCAGGUCGACUUCAGUCCAUGGCACCUGCAAAUAGGAGUGGAGAGACUCCUGCUCAAAAUCACUCCCCAUUGGGUUACAUGAUACUGAGCUGGGUGGGCCCAAAGGCUUGGCUUGGUGCAUGGAAGUUUUCUGCGUUCCUUAUUGUUUGUACCAUGAAGGGUGGGAGGUGGGAAGAGAGGCGGAGCUGAAGCCUUGGAUGCAGCUGGGGUCCAGAUGGGCACUUAGGUAGGCGACUGUGAGAAAGCAGCCUUCAACAAGCAAGAGGGUGGGAGAUUUGAUCUGAUCUACAGGGCAUAAUCCACCCCUAGAACAGAGGUUUUCAACCUUUUUCAGUCCACAACUCCCUUAAGCAACUACAUUCUUUCUGCGACACCCCUGUGGGGCUCAGGAGCCAAGUUAUGUCACCUCUUGCCUGCAGAAGUGGCAGCCUCUCACCCUUUUUCAAACACCCUCCCUUGUGGAGUGUUCCCUCAACCUCCUCUCCUUGGGAGUCCUUGGCAACCCUGACCAUCAUUCAAGGCACCCUAGUUGAAAACCACUGCCCUAGAAAAUGAAAUGUUUGUUUCAGUGGCAGGGGAUGAUGGGAGUUUCCUACCCCUAUAGACAUUCCUUAGGUAUGUGGACCAAUGACAUGCAGCUUUU